AUGACUGGAUCAGAGUACGAUGCACGUUCGUUACGAUCACUCAAGCAAACUACUUUAAGACGAUAUGAUUCAAGUAGUAGAAACCCAAAGCAAUGGUCACCUGAUGUUAACAUGCUAUUAUCCACAUCUCGAUGGCUUGAGGUAAGUACAAUCUCGAACGGUGUGUGUGCGCCAGGAUUCAUACUGCGAACACUGUAAAAGAUUCAACUACCUGAAAAAUACAGCAAGAAGUUGGGAAUCUGAACCUAAGAAAUUUUAACUCUGAUUCGAAAACUCUCAAACAAAAGUGAAAAUGUUAGCCCACAUGUGGGUCAUUAAUUUGCAAUACUUAAUAGUAUUGACUUCUUGAAGAGGAGGAUUUUCUUUGCUAAAAUGGUUGAAGAGCAUAGAAUAAAAUUAAAAACUAUUUGGUAUUUAGUUGGCAUUAUAAAUUCCUUUUUAAAUAUAUUCGGAGGAAAUUCCAUGCUUCUAGCUACCACGGAAUGACCGUCACUAGGAUAGGGUUAAGACUAUGUGCACACGGUAACGUUUUCGAGCGUUUUCGGCUGUAACGUUUUCAAAACGUGUCGAGUUUUCAAGCCGUGUCCACACGAAAACGGAUGAAAACGUCAUCUUAUGAUGAAAACGUUCUCAAUGCUAAAAACGUUUUCGGACAAGUUUUCACGUUGAAACGCUAAAAAUCCAAGAUGGCGGCUUAAAAUCAAAAUAUUAUAUUUUUGUUUCCUGGAAGCUUAGAUCUUUCAUCGGAUCAUUAAUUCUUAAGCUAAAAUCUUGAGCAAUAAACAAAACAAAAUGAGUAGCUUUCAAGUGUAUAAUGAUUUAUGAACGAUUUAAAAUGUGUUUUGCUUUCGAAGAAGCGACAGACUUCGUAUCGGUGAUGCCGAACAUAGAUAUAAACUGUUUACUUUAUUACAAUGAGCAGAGGACAUUGUAAACAAAUAAUGACUUCAUCUGGUGGAAAAUAAAUGGUGAUAACAAGCCGCUAGAGAUGGAAUUUUUAUGGACAAGCAUUUGCAUCUCGUGAAAACGUUUCCGUGUAGACAGAGUGUCAAACUGACAAAAUUGGAAACAACAUUUUAGAAAUGCUCGGAAACGUUACCGUGCGCACAUAGUCUAAGUCUGGAUGCGAUCCGACUAGUCGUUUUCUUAAGUCUUGGAUCUUAUUUCCAAAUUUGUCGAUGUUGACUUGUAAAAUUUAUAUCCUCAGCUUCAAAGUGAUCGAAAGAUUACCCAAAAUGACAAUCGGAAGAUUUAGCACAUUAAAAUUAGAAAAUUUUACCAACGAUUGUUUUGUGUUGCCUUCCGGUAGAAAAUCCACUUUUCAUUUCUGUCCGCCGUAUACUAUAUAAACUUCUGUAUUUCUUUUUACAUUUCACUGCCAAAUAUUGCCGCUUUACUCACUCUGAGCUGCGAUUUUUCCAUUUUGAUGGAUUUUGUAAUUAAAAUUUUCUUAGCGUAAAUCAAUAUUACUACUAGAAAAUACAUGCAUGCAGAAACCCUCGCCUUGCUGACAAAACCAUUGUAUUUUCCAAACAUGAAGUAUCCAAAGUUGUUGUCAUGGUAAUAACACGAUAAUUUUUUAAGAAUAUUCUUACAAAUGAAAAAUUGCCUAAAAAUAUCAAUUUUAAUUACAAAAUUAUCAAUUUCCCAACAUAUAUUUGUUAGGUAUGUUAUUAUACGUAAUAUAAGCUUCAAUUUAAGGUAAAAUUCAACCACAAAAGCUUCGCAAAACGUUUUAAAACGUUCUUUAUAAAACUAAAUUGCCUGGCUUUAAUUAAAUGGCUUUAUCGAUAAAACUUUGAGUUUGCAACAAAAUGAUUUCAAAUUCUCGCAUGCAAAUAACUUUGCUUUCUUUUUAGUAAAAAAAUUCAAUAUAAUAAAAAAGGAAUCAAUAUUAAUAAUACACUGAAUUGACUGAAAUUAUAUGCUGUCUUGUUUAGUUAUUUUAUAUACGCAAAGGGCCAAAGGCCGUCGGGUUUUAAAGCAAUUAUAAAAUCAAUAUUUAACACAAACUUACCUUCGUUAACGUCGGCUCCCUUCUUUUAGCCGAUUCUUUCGCCGUUUCUAUCUUGAAAUUUAUAAAAUCUUGCAAAAAUGCGAGUAAAAUUGAAGUAUAUUUGCAAGAAAUUUAUCAAUCAUCAAGGCUGGGAUCAAAUCAAGAAAUGUUUGCUAUUUCGCUGUCGUCAUACAGUCGUUAUGAUGCAAACUUUAAAUUGGACCAAUCAGUGUCCGCUAUUCAUGACAGUCCGCCAUAUUUUUGAGAUCAGUGAGGAUGACCACCCACUCAACACCGUUGGUCACCCACGCCCGCGAUACUUGAUGAACUUUAGACUCCGCUAAUGCUUUCGUUUCCCCGGGUGUAAAUAGCCGGGGGGAAUUAGUACCCGCGCCGUCGGCUCGGGGACAAACAAUCAAUGGUUAAUACUGUAUGGCAUCGUCGAGGCUUUGUUAUGGAUAUUUGUUGCGAUGCCGAAAAUCCAGAUAAGGUUUAAGGAAUUAGAAAAGUCGAAAUUUUAAAAUCUUAAACUGAUACAACAGUUGUCUCUAUUAUUCAGCUGUAUAGUCUUCAGAGGUACAAACUGGAACUUAAACAGAUAUUGUCAACAAUUGGGUUUAAACACUGUGAAGGUCAGUACAAUUUUUGUAAGUAGCUAUUAUAUAAUAUUAAUUAAAUAGCAUUGUUAUCAUAUACCAUACUACUUUAAAUCAUUAAUACCAUACUACUUUUGUGGGAAACAUCACAAAUUCACAACCGUAUUUGGCGUACGAAUAGAUUCAUUUGUAUGGGGUUUAUCAGGGUUUCCACAUCCACAUUUUCUCUUUGAAAUUUUAUUCGGUGUAAAGUUAUUUAAUUAAUCGUCUAUACAAUUCACAAUGUUGAUCGAUGCAUACUUUCCAAAGUUGAAGUGAAAUGAAUACCGCGGUAAAAGUAAAACUUUACUUUUUCUACAUGGAGUUCAGUGCAUGCGAACACAUUUAGUAUACCUUGGAUACUAAAUAAUUAGGAACACAUUUAGUAUACCUAUGGAUACUAAAUAAUUAUGCUCAUAAAAGAAACAAAAUAGGAUUGCCUGAAACCUCACUCUAAAACAACCCUGAAAGGCUGAAACAUAAUCGUCAUAUUGUCUGUUAUUUUCUUUCAUUUGUAAAUUAUUUAGCGUCCACAGACCAGCUAGGGAAUAAUGAAUUUAUUAUUUUUCUGCCCUCACAUGGAAGUGAAAACUGAAUAUUCUUUCAUGUUUGUAUUUUUGCGAAGAAAACUAUAAAACAAAGCAUCGAUUUGCCGUCCCUAGCUAGCUUACACCAAUUUUAUUGCUUGCUUGUAUAAUAAUGAUUUUUCUUGUGCACUUCUCCUUUAUAGAAUACGUCAAAUCUCUACAGAAACCCGUCACAGCAAGUUAUUCAAAAGGGCUGUUCCCACAAUACGUUUGUGACGAUGGAACCAAAUACAAUGUAAAUGAAAUCGACUAAAUGAAAGACCGUGUACAAUUAUCAUGCUAAUAAUGUACAUGAAAAAUGUUCUCAAUUCUGAAUUCUGAUUGACCAAGAGCAGUGCAAUUUUUUUCCAAAUACAUGCAGUGCCAAACUAAAUGAAAUACAGUGCAAAAAAGGAAAUGCAGUGCAAAUUUCUUAAUUUUCUUAAUUUUUAUUUUUCAAAUUUCUUAAUUUUCUUGAUUCUAAAUGUGAUCGAAUUACGCACGUGAUUGCAUAAUUUUUUCAUUUAUAUUAUUAAUAAGUAAUAGUAUGGUUUCUCUUGAAAUUUGAAAAAACAUACACUCGUGAGUAACAUGUAAAGACUUCAAAUCAUGAAUGUUUUCUCACUCGUGCAUGUUUUUUCCAAAUUGCACUCGAAACCAUACUAUUAUACCUAUAUACAAAUAUAAUACAUACCGUUGGUAACAAUCGCUUUUUAAAUCAUUUCAGCUCUUAGGUUCUGUAGAGAAAUUGAAAGAAAUAGAAAUACAGUUGCAGAGAAUUAUAGAAUUUUAUAAAGAAAGACUGGAAUGGCUUACCACGUCAAGGUGAGAAUGUGUUUUGGUAUAUAUUUACAAUACUUCAGUCGAAGUGACCGUAUUAGCGUGGUGGCUGUAUAUGGUUGGGUUCCACUGUAUGCAACUUAUGGGAUGUUUUCUUGAUUAUCUUACUUUUGUUAACUUAGGAAUACCAUUGCCGUGUAUAGGUAUAGCGCAUGCAACAGCUACUUUGGAGCAAUAGCUCCUUUGGAAUUUUCCUUACAUUUUGCAAAUUUUGGAUUCGUUUUUACAACUGAAUUCCUUUUAUGUAAUGUUUCAAAUCCGACUAUGAGGACUGGACUAAUUUAGUUCAAGUCCGCGCAAUUUGAUCAAGUCUGAGGCGAAUUAGCCGACGAGUGGAUCAAAAUGCGCGAGGACUUAAAAUCUAGUCCAGUCCGAAUUGGAGGAUUUGAAAUGAAAAAUAAUUAAUUAAAGUGACGUGAAUUAAUUUUGAUCCAGUCCUAGGACUGGAUCUAUAUACUUCACCAGGUAUCCAUUAUUGUCGUGUGAUCAAAAUAAAGCAAUAUGGUUGGCUAAUUUGUUCAUGAAUUAUUAAUGAGUUUGAGAUACACAUGUAGUGGUAGUUGGCCUGUACUUUCUUUUCAUCAUUGUUGUAACAAACAAUCGAAAAAGACUAUUAUUAGAAAAAUUAUUAAUUAUAAAAUUGCUGUGAUAGUGUUAGUAUGAUGUGAUCCGGCUGAAUGGGAUGCAGUGUUGGGCACAUACUAGAUACGACGAAGCAUCAAAUUUUUCAGCUAGCUAGAGCAGAAAAAAAGUCGAGAAAUGUAAUACACAGUAGUGUGCUGCAUGAAGUCUGUAUGCAUUUUAGUAGUAAAUCUAAUAGCUUUUUUAUAUCCUUCACACAGUCGUCUUAUGUUUGGUGUUAUCCAAGAACAAUCGAUGACAAUAAUACUUGACCUGCAAUGUUCAACAGAAGCUGAACGAGAUCUUGUAAAAUACGCCCUGUUUAGCUUGGUAAAAGAACAGUUGAUGUACGUAUCAAGAUUUAAUUUUAUCAGGUAAGAUAUAAAUGUUCCAUUUUCGAAUACAACCUCGUAUAGGGUGUACUGUAUAUAAGAAAAGGUUUGUGCAUCUCACUCUAUAGAACUAAAUGUUGAAAGGUUUUCUGUAGAUGGAAAUUUCGAGCGAAAAUUAUAUAGUUCACUUUUUAUCUAACCAGGAGUUGCUGUGAAAAUGCAACUAAUAUAGGCCCUAUAACAGAAAUUGAACCUGCGAUCCUACGAAUUCGGUGCAGUCCUCUCACCACCUGAGCUACAGAGUUUAGUUAUAGCGAGCAAAAUUGUAUAAUUCAUUUAUAUGUAUAGUUACUAAAAUGAUACCAGUGUAUGGUAUAUGGACAAAUAUCAGAAUUUGGGGCAGUGAUUUUCACUCGAAAUGUCCAUCUACUAAACACCUUUAACAUAUGUAAAAAGGUAUAAUUAUCAAACUUUGGCAUGUCCGGCAUCUUGUGUUGAGUAUUGAGUAUAUAAAACUGGCCGAUUAUGCAAUCAAAUUAUGGUUAAAAAUGGUCGGUCGAAAUCGCCUCCUUCCACCAUUAAGAAUCGAAUGCAAAGUGUUUUUCUGCAUGAUACUGUAAGUAUUGAAAUUAUUCUCAUUUCAGAUUCAAAUUUAAAAUUAAGUUCAAAAAUGGCUUAAAAACGCGCAAUUUAACUACAGAAUAAUAUUACCAGAUCAUCGGUAUAUUAUUCUGCCCUGGAUCUGUAUAUUAAUGAAGCCCUGGAUCAAUUGAGUCUCACUACCCUGGCUGCAAGAAGACAGAACUUACAGUAUAUGCAUGUAACUAACAAACUUUUUAAAAAUGCAGUCGACGAUGGUGAGAACAAACUAUACAUGACUCCUUGCCUCCAGUGAACUCUUCAGAAAUAUGCCUGCGAGGAAGAAUAAUGUUUCAAAUUUCUAAUUUUAAGACAAAUAGAUUUAAACGCGGAAUUUAAAUUACGUGUUUGACAUUUUUUGCGAAAUUGGUAGUUUGCAAAGAACUUGCGAUACCGAAUGUUUCCCACAUUGGCAACCCCAAUUUUGGCAGAUGUCCGAAAAUUUGAACAAUUAUUGUCGCUUUUCUUUUCCCCGAGCCGGCGGCGCGAAGCGCCGUGCGAGGGUACUAAUUCCCCCCGGCUAUUUACACCCGGGGAAACGAAAGCAUUAGCGAAGUCUAAAGUUCAUCAAUGAGCGCGGGCGUCGGUCACCAACGAUGGGUGGUCAUCCUCACUGAUCUCAAAAAUAUGGCGGACUGUCAUGAAUAACAGACACUGAUUGGUCCAAUUUAAAGUUUGCAUUAUAACAGCUGCAUGACGACAGCGAAAUAGCAAACAAAUGCCAAACAUUUCUUGAUUUGAUGAGUUGAUAAUAUGAUUGAUAAAUUUCUUGCAAAUAUUUUUCAUUUUUGCUCGUAUUUCUGCAAGAUUUUGUAAAUUUCAAGAAAGAAAGGGCGAAAGAAUCAGCUAAAAGAAGGGAGCCGACGUUUACGAAGGUAAGUUUGUUUUAAAUAUUGAUUUUAUAAUGGCUUUAAAACCAGACGGCCUUUGCGUAUAUGAAACAACUAAACAAGACAGCAUAUAAUUUCAGUGUAUCUUUAAUAUUGAUUCCCUUUUUUAUUAUAUUGAAUUUUUUAAAUAAAAAAUAAAGCAAAGUUAUUUGCAAGCGAGAAUUUGAAAUCAUUUUAUUGCAAACUCAAAGUUUAUCGAUAAAGCCAUUUAAUAGUUAAAGGCAGUUUAGUUUUAUAAAGAACGCUUUAAAACAUUUUGUGAAUUGUUUGUGGUUGAAUUUUACCUUAAAUUGAAGCUUGUAUUACGUAUAAUUACAUACCUAACAUAUAUAUGUUGGGAAAUUGAUAAUUUUGUAAUUAAAAGUGAUAUUUUUAGGCGAUUUUCAUUUGUAAGAAUAUUCUUAAAAAAUUAUCGUGUUACCAUGACAACUACUAUAGAUACUUCAUGUUCGGAAAAUACAACGGUUUUGUCAGCAAGGCGAGGGUUUCUGCAUGCAUGUAUUUUCUAGUAAAUUAUUUGAUUUGUGUACUUUAUCAUUUGGAUAGUAUUGAAGGUAAAUUUUUUUCUAAUAUUCGCUUAAAUAUUUUUAAUUAAAGCUAGGCAGCUUUCUUUGACGCGUAGAGACGCUUAAAUCUUACCACUCCUUAGUCUUUAUUUUGUUAGGUUGUGUGCGUGCAGAUCGCCACGCGUGGUUUGCGCGAAUCAAUAUCACCCGUGUGAUAUGACAAAAAUCACUCGCCGCAUGAAAUACGAUACGAUGACGUAUAAGGCAUGUUUCGACGAUGCAAUUCAUGCUCCCAUAGCACACACCUAUUUUUCUCGUUGCACAUUUUGAAUUUGAUCUAUAAUAUUUAAGAAAUGGAACACAUUUUCUGUGUUUCUGUUCAGAUAUGGGAACACGCGAGAAAUAAUCAGUAAACGUAGUAGAAAUAUCCAAAUUUAAAUUUGUAGAAAUCUUAAAAAGGGUAGCGUAGUAGCAUGGUAUCGUGACAGAGAUAUAUUAAUACUUUUUAAAAUUUUCAAAACGUCUAACGUACUGUAGUAUAGUAGACCCUCGUAUGUUAUUUUGCAUUAAUAGUUGCGCCCAAUUCCCAAUAAAGUGGCAACGAAGCUCAGUAAAUGUUUCUCAAGAAAGCAUAGAAGAGGUUUUGGAUUGGAUAUAUGAAUUGCCAUGUGAUCGAGCGCAUGAUGAAAUAUGUACAAUUGAAGCUCUGGUUGAAGCUACUGAGGAUGUGGUACAGUACAAUACUGUUAUGCUGUGAUUUAAAAGAUUAUUGUCAGACUUUUGUGAUAUACCAAAAUUUGUUUGAUUUCCUUUUCUCAACCAUCCAUAGAAAUGUACAAAAUUAAUGUACAACAGUGCGUGUAAAUAAUGAUUUUUUGCGUUGAAGGUUGAGAGUAUUUAUCUCUGCACUGAUGGUACAUGUUUUGGUGACACAAAUGACAAAUUAAGAAGAAAAGUAAGUAUCAUGUCUCAAUAUCUUUGGAAAACAGGCUCCUAACUUGCAUGCAUUUCUCUUUUGCAUGCAUUUCCUUGAAUAACCCAUAUUUUCAGUGCAAAAUGAGAUAUAUUUACCAGUUAGUUUAGUGGGGGAAAACUACGAAUAAGUUAAUAACAGCUUAACCAAAUUGCACCCGCCAUUUACAUUUGUCAGCUUCUUCUCUAUAGCUCGCAGGGUGUCCUAAUUACUACGUCAUCCUUAAAAGAUUCACAUUUUAUAAUUUAAAUCGAAUAGCUUAUUCCAAUCCGUUGUUGUUUGUUAGCUACCUUCCUUAUCGACCCUUAUAAAUUAGCGAUUUUGUGUUCGCUAACAUUUGAUAUUUUAUGUAAGUGUCAACAUUGAAAAUGAGAUAUAGAAGCCUUGGCAUGGAAUAGAAAUGCUCCAAAUUUAGGGCAUUGCGCCUUCCCUACCCCGGUUUCUGCCUCAUUGCUAAUAUUUUUUGCUGAAACAUAAUUUUGGUGAUAAAGACCACCUUUGAGAGAAAAUGGGUACCACUAUGUAUAUCAGAUUUAUUCUGUAAAAAUGUCUCAUCAAAGACAUUGAAAUACUUUAAACCUAAUUUUCAUAAUUUGGUUUCUGAUUUUCAUAAUUGAAAUAUUUGUUUUGCCAGUAAGUAAUUCUAUUAAGUAAUCCUAGACGGCAAACAGUUGGUUAUUUUAAUAGUCAUAUAUUAAUUAAUUGACAUCAUUUAUUAUGACAGUAGUUAAGCCGGUUUUCCACUAGGCAGAAUUUUUGCGCGGAACCGGAAUUUUUCUUGCCUUUUCUAAUUAGUUCCACCCACUGAGCUAUAAUAUUACUGGAGGAAGUGCUCGGCAAAAAAAGUGUCCGCAAAAAUAUGGCGGAUUUUCGCGCCAUAUGACGCCAUUUCCAUGACAACUGGUUCCUCCGGCUCAUGGAAUUACCGCUUACCUGUCUCAAUUCUGAGCCCGCUGCAAUUUUUACACCCCCCUGGUUCUAUUGAAAAUAUUCUUGCUUUUCCAAAUUUUUGCAGUAAAUUCUCGUUUUUAUUUUUUCGACUUUUGACCAUUUGUUCAAAGAUUUAAAAGUUGUACACGCGAUUCUCACCCGCCAAAGACAACAAACCAAUAUGAAAACCCCGAGAAAUUUAGCCAAAAGCGAUAUUUGAUGGCAAAGCUCACAGGUAAAUAUUUCACAUACUAUUGAUAUGCUUUUAUUUUUAAUUUUUAAAAGAUAGUGGGAGUAAAUGAUACAAUAUAAUCCAUUAGAUAACAGACUCUUUGUAUUGUAUUAUUUGAACGUAUUAUUUUCCCCCGAAUAUUUAAAGUUUUGUCGUAGAAAAUAGAGAAACUUUGUUUAAUUCAGUUAAUAUUAAAAUCAGUUUCUUCCCUCAAAUCAAAGGGUAAGUCAGUUAAUAUUAAAAUCAGCUUCUUCCCUCAAAUCAUAGGGGUUUUCUAUAUAGACUGAUGACUGAAAUCUGACAUGCUUGAUUUUAUGCAAUUGUAUGUGCUAAAUAAGUGUAUAUAUACAGGUAUAAAGGCAUGAAACAAUGUGCUUCUAUCUAUAUUCUUUGUGUUUAUAUAUACUAGAGUCUGUGGUUAUUAUAGUAUGCAUAAUCUAGGGUGCCAAUAGAAGCUAGCCUAGGGGUGCCAGAAGCUCAGGAUACUGUGGGCAACUUAUCUGGUAAUAUGAUUUCUACCUAGCUAUCUGCAUGGCUAAUGGCAUGUUGGAUUGAGGAUUCGUGAACCACUAGAACUAGGAUUGUAGUUCUUGAAUGCUGGGUACCAGUCACAAGUCUAGGUAUAAGCAAAAUAUCUAGAUUAUAGGCUUUAUAGGGUUGCACUGGAUCUCAUUAUACAGGCCAGAACUGAGAAAAUCACACAUGCUAGUCAGACAUCAAGUCAGAAACAAUUUAAUUGGUAAAUAAUGUCACUUCCAGUCCCAGGUGGAUUUAAUUGGGGGUUUUGUUCAUUUCAGUCCUCUCUCUGUGCACCCCUGUAUGAUACAACUACCUGAAACUAAGAAAUCAAUGACCUUUAGUAUUAUUUUUCAGGUAGUUGCAUGAUACAUUGAACCCAUUAUUAGUGUGGUGGCCUAAGCUGCUUUUCUCAUUUCCUUUUUUCACUUUAAUUCUUUUGUCUCUAGUGAAAACUUUAUUUUACAACAUUUUAAUUAUAUAAUCUCUCUUUGCAGAAUUAUUUGAUGGUGAGACAGUUCAUAAUUCAACCUCUUUAUUACAGAAUAAUCAAUUAUCAAUUAUUAGAAAUAAUUUUGUGAGCAGUGAGCUAAACUAUCCAGACAAGUUAUUAUUAUGACUUUGUAGCCGGAUGGGUAUGAUUUUGCUUUGGCUGUUCAUCAUUUUGACCCAUUUUGAUAUGUCUUGUGGUACCUGUGAAUGAUUUUGAUGCAAAAUGAAUGACAGAAUAUCAGAAUGUAACAUUACAUUAAGAUACAUCCUUACACUGUGAUAAUAUAAUUAUAAUAAUUAUGUAAUAGAUGUUCAGUGUGAAGAAUAUGGUAUUUGACACUAUUUGUAUGUAUUAAACAUACUAUUGUGUAAUGGAAAUCAUCAAAUAAAGUUAUUUCUGCAACAACCCUUGCAUUCAAACACCUUAUUUGUAUUUUUCUUGUUCAUGCUUGAGCAUCAGCCUCAGGAUAAGCAAAUUCCAUUGGAUUUCAGAAUUUUUUCGAGUGAAUUGUUUCAUCUACAAGCAGAGCAAAAACUUAAAACUAACACACUUUUUCCUCGACUGCAAAAAUAUCAAGAUUUUCAGUUGAAACUCGAAAAUUAUUAACAAAAUUUGUGCAAAAACCAGGGGGUGAAGGAUUUUAUUUCAAGCGUAGGAUCGCGGUUGGUCAGUGGUAAAUGUCAUGAGCCAGAGGAAGCAAUUGGCGUCAGCAAACAUGAAAAUCCGCCAUGUUUUUCCGGACACUCGUUUGACGGAUAGAUAGGAGCACGUCCUCCAGUAAUAUUAUAGCUCAGUGCAUGGUUCCACCCGAGAAAUCACAAGACAAAGAAAAAUGUCGCUCCGCGCGCAAAAUUCCGCCUUGUGGAAAACCGUCUUGAAACCCAGUAUAGCGGUUAAUUGAAACGUUAUUGAAAGUAACGUGGUAAUACUACAAAUAUAGUAGGAGAUAUGUUGCGCGAAAAUAGAUUCGUGCACCAUGAUAAUAGCUUCAAGGUCAUGUCAGGCAUGUAAUACUUUUCCACUUCUUUGUGAAUUAUGUUUCAGUAAUUAUAAAUUAUUUCGUUUUUCAUUUGUUUAUCGUAUUCAAGUGAGGUGGAAGGAAACUAAGAUUCAAUUUAAAUUUUUUGUACUAAACUUUUCAGUUAGAAGAUCUUAUGAUUCCUGUUCACAUCGUUGCCAUGAAUUGUAAAUCACCUUCGGCCUUGCAUCUUUUGCGAGAAGCAUUGAAAUCGAACAAAGGAAGGUAAGGAUAUUCUGUAUUAUAGUACAAGAAAUACAUUAAAUGUGAUACCUACAAGUGUUACUAUCAAUGCUGCAGGGGCGCAGGUAUGACACAUCUACCUACUGUAUACACACUUAAUCAUAAUAAAAAAUUCUAUAAAUGACAAUUUAUAAAUCCUGAAAAUUCUUAGGUAAAGUUUAGCACAGAGCAUGUUUCGUAUUUUGCUUGAUUGCGGUGUCCAAACGAAGUCUCCCAUCGCUUUAUAUUCGUUGCGUGAGUUUGUUAGUCUGUUGGUUUGUUAGUUUUGUGAUGUUGUCUCUGAGUGUGUACACACCGCCGGACAAACUGAAACGUUUGCUUGACCGCGGUGCGAAUCGAACCCGCGACCUUUGUUUGCUAGUCCAAUGCUCGCCAAUUGGGCUACGAGGUCAAGUCGGUUCAACCGAAUGGGCGAUAUUUCGGAACUCAGUCUAGUUCCUUCGAUAUCAGUGUGUCUUUACGAUCUUUGGUUUCUGGUGUUAUGCACUCAGGUGAAGAUAUAUGUGAAGACAUAGUCGGUUGGUUUGUUCCGAAUCUUAAGCCUUGGUAAGUAGUUUAGUAGGGGCCGAUCGAGCGGGAUUUUUGGGGCGGCGCAAGGGCGCCGCUCGUUAGUAUGGAAGGGGGCAUACACUAGCAUAAAACGGGGCGCCGCAUUGUCAUUAGCAUAAAACGGGGCGCUGCAUGAGUUUGCGCAUGACCAUUAGCAUAAAAUGAGCUGGUGCAAGGCGGCGCAGCGUGAGGGAAUGUUACGUAGUGACGUCAUAGGCAAGACUUGGCACAUUUGGAUAAUUUGAGGGGGCGUAAUUUUUCCUGUUUAAUUAUCUGAUCAAAACUAGAAUAAUUCUUGCACCGUAAUUCUAAAGUGAGUUAAUUGUAACAUUCAUAAAUACGGUAUGAAGUAAAAACUGUUAUAAUAUCCAGGAUGGUGGAAUGGCACACCACGCGGUACGUGGAUGUGUUCGGCUCAACUUCGCAAAGUCAACUGAUUGCCAUGGAUAGUUAGGAAUAUUUUAUGCACGGCGUUAGGGUGGGCCCUAAAAUGGGGCUGAAGGCUAGCUUUUGGAGACAAAAAUUUACAUACACAGAAUUCAGUUUUAAAACACAUUUAUUUCUUUACGCGAUUUAUUUCCAUUCACGUAGAGUUUUCUUCUAUUCUACUAUCAUGGCAUCUAGAUUGUAAACAGUUUUCAUAAAUUUCUUAAGCAGAGUCAUUGUCACUAUCUUCGUAAGAAAUUUUCUCUUAUCAAUGCCAGUCUCUGAUGCUUCCUCUUCGUCAAAGUUAUCAUCAUUCACAAAUACAUCCCACGUUUUUGUAAGUCAUUUCGACGAUUUUGUAGAAUUACUAAAUAUUCUUUGUUUUUUACCUUUUCUUCCUCAAGAUCAUCACCCACAAAGCUCUGUGUUAGUUCGUUAGAUGCCUCUGCUUUUGAAGGUACUCGUGGAUCGCUUUCGUUUUCGUAUUCUACUUCAUUGUCAGAAUUGUCAAAAUCACUUUCUGGGUUGUCUUCUUCAUUACUUGCAUACUUCAUUUUUCUGUCCAUAUUCACGCUGUGAUCUGAGUCAGAUUCCGUUGAAGAGUGGUGAUCUCGCAGAGGACAGUAUUCUGUUUCGUGUCUAUUUAGGUUAAAGCCACGAUUAAACAAUUUUAGACAAUUAUUGGACGAGGUUGAGCAAAAUAUCUUGAUUAUCAGUGGCGAGCAGAUCAAUUAUUUGCCGAUGCCGAAGGCAGAGGCAAAUAACUGAUCUCCGAGCCACUAAUAAAUUACGAUAUUUUGCGAUAGCCGAGUUCAAUAAUUGUUUUAUCAUUUACCGAUUAGUAUUUGUGUUUUCGUGUUAUCGAUUAGUAUUUGUGUUCUCCGCGUCCUUUUCCUCCAAUAAAGAUGAAAAAUCACUUUCCGAUAGCUCAGCAAAACGAGCCAUGUUGACGUUUCAAUCAUUUUCAAAUCAUUUUCAAAGUGCGCAUGCUCAAUGAAGUAUUUGCACCUGAUCGAUAUUUGCACACAGUUAUUUGCAGGUAAAUUAACCAAUCAAAAUUGAGAAUACUAUAAAGUGAAUGAUAAUCCGAAAUAUCUGCAGCUCAUACCUUCAUCACAAAAAGUCAGUUAAUGAUUUGGUUUAUGAGCAACAUACCAUUUUGUGAGCGUACAAGCAUUUGACAAUGAUUAAUGAAGCCAAAAUGUUCACAGAAUGGCCCUGCAUUUUAUAAUAUGACCCGGAAGUCUAGACCUUUUAUAUGUAGCCUUGCGGUCCGAAGCUGGUGGUGAGCUACUCCCGAUCAGCCCUAACACCACCUAUAUUCUCCUAACCCAUCCCUAACAGAAGUCCUGAUCGUAACACCAAAUCUAACCUUAAGCCAACCCUAACACCAUUCCUAAAGAAAAUGGAGACACAAUGUUGAAAAAAUAAGGAACCCAAACCAAGCGCCAGACCUAACCAUGACACUAGCAUUAAUAAGGUCCCAAAUUUUGAACGUGUGUUAAAAAUAUCAGGUAGGAAAUAUGUUAGGUCCCCCCCGGCCCCCUCUCCCCGCCAAUAUUCCAGGGGGGGGAAUCUACGUUUGUCAGAUUGUCAGUGGAUUUUGCCGACUGGUGAUAACAUAAUAAUUUAGCUCAUUCUUGCCUUAUUUUAGAUUCCACAAAUUUUCUUUCUGCGAUGAUUAUAAUAACGCCAAGUUAAUACCCAGUUACGCGAAUGAUGGAUUAAAUGGCUUAUCGAGUUUGUCAAUCGUAGAUCGUAGCAAAAUGCAGGCGAAACUAGAAGUUGGAAAGAGGCAAGAUGUCAUUGAAAUGAAACAAGAAUUGGGUAAAGCUAGAGAAAAUUUGGCAGAAGUUAAAGCGAUACAGUUGUACAUUAGUCAACAGAAACCUGCAAUAACAAGUAUGCUCCUUUUAUGUUUUUUAGCUUUUAAAGUACAUAUACUUUCGCAACUCAGUGUCGCAACCCAGCCAUACCAAGCAAAUCGUUCUGUUCACGCAGUGUGGAUUAAUUCAUUGGAGGACAUGCAAAACCUCGACCACUAUAGGCGUGAAAAGUAUAACAUAUCUUUGUUAAUAGUUCUUCCAUGUCGCCAUUUAUAAUCGACUACUUAUACUGGACAGAAUAUAUUCUUCCAGCAUGCCUUUUGCGCGUAGAAAUCGAAACUUUGCAACUUUGACUUUGACUUUGAAAAGGAAAUCGUAAUUGAAUUAGCCGAUACAUUCACACCUAUACAUUCUAAAUCAUUAGUAUUUAGGGUUGGGCGAUUUAAAAAGUGAUGGGAGGGGUGGGAAAAACAACAAAAAGGGGAAGAGAGGUCAGUUGUUGGGAUGGGGAAAGGUGUCAGUUGUUGGGAUGUAACCGCGUUACGCGCAAGUGACUGGAGUUCACUGCAAACCUGGGUCACUCCUACCACCUUAACAAUCAACCUGUUAAGAUUGCAACCAAUCAAGUUGACCUGGGUGUAGUUGUGAGCAAUUACCCUAAGUGGUCCCCGCACAUUGCCAGCUGUACUUCUAAAGCCAACCGUUAGCUUGGUUCUCUUUGCAGAAAUUGUUCUCAAGUGACCAAUACUCGCUGCCGUCGACUUUUCUAUUUCUCACUCGUCCGAUCUCACCUGUCUUACGCCAGUGAGAUCUUGGCACCUCGAGCCUCGUCACGCGAUCGUGCGAUCUUGGAAGGUGUUCAGAGACGAGCUACUAAAUUUAUACUUCAGCAUGAUGAGUUUUCUUAUCUUGAGCGUCUUAGGAAACUUAAUUUAUUACCGUAUAUCUUAUGGGCUUGAAAUGCUGGAUCUCAUCUUUUUUUCAAAUGCAAAGAAGGCCUCUACGGCGUAAAUAUCUCCUCUUUUGUCAACUUUUCUUCUAAUUGCUUGCUUCAAGUCAAUAGAAACUCUUUUUGUAUGAUUGUAAAAUGAAAAUAUUUUAAAGAAAAUGUCAAUAUUUUCCCAGUAUCUUUUUGCAAUACUGCAUUUACCGACAAGAUGUAAUAAGUGUCUCUUUCCUAUAACAUCCUCUUUUCUAUUUUCUAAUUAUUUUCCGCUUCUGUGGCCCCAAUUUAUUUAUUAAAUCUGAAGCCGUGAAGCUCUGAGUUACGUUUCCUAUUACCGAAGUCCUCAGGCUUACAUACAUUCUUCAAAACGUUUCACCUGGUGGCACAGUCCCCCGUCACAACUCACGAGCUACGCGAUCCCAAAUCUGCUCGGUUCACUCACAAGGUUAUAACGUACUGCAAAUUAUUUUUGGUUUCCUGCAAAAUAUACAGGCGCAGAAGAGAGUGAAAAAAUCGUACAAAGAGGAACGAUUCACUGAAAUAAAUAUCCUAAGAAUUCAUCGAAACUGAAAAUUCCCCCACCCCUCCCAUCAUUUUUCUAAUGGUUCCUCUCCUAAUAAAAUAUAAUCUAUAUUUGUGCGCUUAUGCUCUAUACUAUAUAUGAAUGAGCUUCUAUCCUCUGUGGAUCCUUCUGCUCAGGAUACCUCAGUCUUUAGGUCCCCAUGAGUUUUUCCUAGUUCACAACAUACUGUGUCAUAUUAACAACACCGUUGUCCCGCUUCUGUGAAUGGCUACAUAUUGGACCAAUAAAGCGACCCUGUAUGUGUUGUAUGUUUUGUAAGGUAUGACUGCUCUCUUGUUUACCACUAUUCGCCAUUAUUUUAGACACUGCACCUGAACAGGAAGAGAGACCCGAAACUCCCAAAGAGAAAACUGGAAGUGAGCUCUACAUGGGUUCUAAGGAAUGGCUAAAGGUAACUGGGUUGUUGUAGAACCCUUUCUCAUUACUUUUUUUUCAUUCUCAACACAAUAAAUUAAUACAGCUAAGAGUGAGAAUAUAGUUUCAAUGAUGGUAAUAUCGUCUUUGCCAUGAACGUAUAGCUCUUCAAAAUCAAUCUGUCAAUCAGUCUGUCAAUCUAGAAUAAAAUAAUUAAUUUAAUUAAAAUAAUAUUACUGCUAUUUUAGAAACACAGCUUGCAUACGAAGAAGCUUGGGUUUUAUGAUGUGCUUCAAAACAUGGCCUUCAAACAUUGUGAUGGCGUAAUUGAUGUUCCUAAUCACCAUGGUGACGGUACGAUGCCUGCAGUGAAAUCAAAGUUGGUGGAUGCUAAAUAUUGUGAAAAAUUUGCUCAUGUUAGGUAAGGUAUAAAUAUUUCCAUAUUGGGGCUAUGAGUGCAUGUCCACAGAAAUUUAGGAAGAGUCAAUUUGUUGAUUUUUCUUCUCCUACACGCGUAAAAAUGAUGAGCCUGUUGUUUAACAGGAUUGAACAAUGUUUUGCGGCCCACAUUGUUCACACUUGUCAAUAAUAUUGAACAUUGAGCCUGAAUCGGGUGUAACAAUAUUGCUCAAUGUGGGCCGCACAACAUUGUUCAAUCCUGUAUCAAUAUUGCAACCUGAUCGUUUUUAGCUGUGUAUUUCACAAUUGGGCUAACGCAGAACUUCUACAGUACUUUCGCACUUCAAGAUUUGCUAUGAAAAAAAAGCUAUAGCUCUUCAUAUUUCGACUGCUAUAACUCUACAUAAUUUUGUAAUUAAAAAUGAUAUUUUUGGGAGAUUUUUCAAUUUUACUUCAUGUUCGGAAAAUAUAAUGGUUUUGUCAGCAAGGCGAAGGUUUCUGCAUGCACGUAUUUUCUAGUAUAACUGUAUUUGUCCAUCAUUUUAAAUUCAAGUGAAGUGUAAGUGACACGUUUCCACCAUUCACCAUGUAGACAACAUUUCCACCAUUCGCAAAUGUACUGAAAUAUUCCCCUUCCACCUCCCCCAGUUCAACCACCAAUUUAGUCUUACGAAGCGACAUAUGCUUUGCAAGUACGUUCCAAAGUCUAACACGAUUUAUAAGACAAGAUAAGACAUACACCUGUACAAAAGUCAUAUUUAUAUCACUUUCGCUUUGCAUAUAGAUGGAAAGAUGGAGAUAUCCGUCAUGUCCACAUCAGUGCUGAAGUUCACAGAAACUUUGAACGUCGAGUAACUGCUACGUUGGAAUCUUAUAAAAAGAGGUAUGUAUGUUUAAGUGACACACUGGUAAGUGUAUGCGCCUUUCCCGUGCGUGACUGGGAUUCGAUUCUUUCAAUAUACGGUUCUCUGAUUAUAAUCCUUAUUUGCAGCAUAUUCUGUCAAGAUAUGGUGGUUUGGAAGCCCUGAAAACGUUAAUUGCUACAAAAAAGAUCUAGAACACCUUUGUUUGAUGUUGAACUGUACUUCACCGUGCAUAUAUCCUAUAUCUCAACUUUAAAUUAAAAUAAGCUCAGACAUAAACACAACACAAUUUAUAUGACUUCUGUUUAGUUUCCAGACCAUCAUAUUAUGAUAGACUAUGUUUGCAUGGCAAACACCACGACCAGGUUUUUACGGAUACUUCUGUUUUUUGUAGUAACACUGGAUCAUAAUAGUUUAAUUCCCAUUCCCUGUUCAAUUUCUUUACUAAUUACCAAUACUAUAUCAAGAUUUGUGUAUCAGUGUGAUUUUUAUUCAUUCUACUAUCUGAUAAUUAUUAGCUUUUCAAAUUCUUCUUCAUUACUUUCUUUAAUUAGAAUACAAUGGCUUCGUAAAGGUAGCCGAGAAUUGUUUGGAACAAUAAUUGAAGACCAGGUUCGUUUCUAUUGGGUUUACUUUGAAAUCUAAAGAGUCAUCUCGAUCCCUUUAGAAGAGUGGUUCUGUGGUCGAAACGGUAGUUUAUGUUUCUUUAGGCCUGGUCCCAGGAUAAGCACCAGCAUGAUUUUUUGUAUAGAAACAAUAGAAACAGUUAGACUAUACAUCAGAAUCAUCCAUAUGCAAUAUCCAUGCAUGCAUGCCAAAUUUAAUUUCGCGAAACCUUUCUGUCCUGGAAGCGUGCCUUUUAAGCCUGUGAAAGGACUGAGACUACUGCCUUGAUCCCCAGAAUGACUUUAUUGAAGGGAUUGAAAUGACUCUUUUGAAUAUACGAUGUUGUUACAUGUGAAAACUAUAUAUGCAUAUCCUUCGGGUUGUUUGAGAUAAUUUAUCAAUUUUUUCCGACUUGUAAGACCUACACAUUUAUAUUCAUUAUAGAUAACGAUUUUGAUUGACACGUCAGCAUCCAUGAACUCGCGUCUGUUCUUGGUCAAAGACAAGUUGUACCAGCUUCUUCAGGUAUGAUUCCUUAGAUUCAGAUGACAAUUUUAUAAAACAUGUUCAAAGUUGGGCGAAGCUUUUCUGCUAAAAAGUGAAAACACCAUUCCUUCACAAGUUUUGUCACCAUCAGCGUCAUUUGUAUCAGUCUUUAAAAGAGGGAUGGAUUUACUGGGGCGGGGCGGGGGGUGGGGGGGGGGGCACUCCCCUAGCCCUGGCCAGAGAGGGUGCAGGGGGGUGCUAUUUUUCAUGAUAAAGCAAAAAAUUGUUAGAGACAAAAUGAGAUACAGUAAUUUGAGUAAUAACAUGAUGAUAAGCGGACUGUGAACAACAAUUACAAUUCAAAUACAGCAGUCAAGCAAGAUUUUGCAGUAGUGAAGCAAGUUGAUGGGCGGGCGCCACACGUGACCAACACAACUCGGUACUAGAGCUGGCAGACCACCCCCUACCAGAUCAUGCUGGAUCCAUCCCUGCUUUAAAAACCGAAUUAACUUUUUAAUUGUUUCUUGAAUCUUGAUCAGGGUCUUGAUAACCCUUGGGAGCAAUCUGGUACUCUACGUAAUAUACUGCCAAUCAAUGUUGUGGUGGAAUUUGGCGGCGAAGUGUGGCGGCGGAGUGUGGCAGUGGAGAGUGUUGUGGUGAAGUGUGGCGGCGGA